AUGGCCCAGCAGCAGAUGACCAGUUCGCAGAAGGCCCUGAUGCUCGAGCUGAAAUCCCUGCAGGAGGAACCGGUGGAGGGCUUCCGGAUCACCCUGGUGGAUGAGUCCGACCUCUACAACUGGGAGGUUGCCAUCUUCGGACCCCCUAACACCCUCUACGAAGGCGGCUACUUCAAGGCGCAUAUUAAAUUUCCUAUUGACUACCCAUAUUCACCACCUACCUUCAGAUUCUUGACCAAAAUGUGGCAUCCCAACAUUUAUGAGAAUGGAGAUGUAUGCAUAUCAAUUCUUCAUCCGCCUGUAGAUGACCCACAGAGUGGAGAAUUACCCUCUGAAAGGUGGAAUCCUACUCAAAAUGUCAGGACUAUCCUGUUAAGUGUAAUCUCAUUGCUUAAUGAGCCCAACACCUUCUCCCCAGCCAAUGUGGAUGCUUCGGUUAUGUUCAGGAAAUGGAGGGACAGUAAAGGAAAAGACAAAGAAUAUGCUGAAAUCAUUAGGAAACAGGUUUCAGCCACUAAAGCCGAAGCAGAAAAGGACGGAGUGAAGGUCCCCACGACCCUGGCAGAAUACUGCAUCAAAACUAAAGUGCCUUCCAAUGACAACAGCUCAGAUUUGCUUUAUGACGACUUGUACGACGACGACAUUGAUGAUGAAGAUGAGGAGGAGGAAGAUGCCGACUGUUACGAUGAUGAUGAUUCUGGGAAUGAGGAGUCGUGACGUGCUCCUUCAGUGCCCCUGCACUGCCCUGCCGUCUCAGGCCAAAGGGAGGGGAGCAAGUGGGGACCUAGCAGUGGCCCCUCAGCAAAAACCUAUCACGGGGGUGGGGAAAACAAACACGGCUCCUGCUGACUCCCCUUAUGGAUCUCAGUUUGCUCCUUUUUGUGGACCUCUUAACGGAGAGAACGUAAUCCUCCACAGAAUGUCUGAAUUCUUGCAUUCUUUGCCCUUCCAUCACUGUAUUGAUUUUUUCUUUCUUUCUUUCUUUAAACCUAAAUUCUCACCUCACUCCGUCUCUACAAAGUGUUCACAGUGAAACACAUUUGGUCUGUUUUUAGAUUCUUGAAGAAUUAGUCUUUCAUCAAGACGUUUAAUGUGUUUAAAGCUGGGAACCCAUUGGGAGUUCACAAGUGCUGCAUAUGCUGGGUAGCAAAAGAAAAGAAAAAGCCUAAAACCCCCACAAAACAAAAACUUUUUUAAAAAAAAGCAAAUUUGCCAAGGUUUAGCUGCUCAUUUACAUUAGUGUGUGUGCAUUUGUUCGGCACCAUGGUGGUGAGUUUUGUUUCUUUCUCUUCUUAAGGCUGGGGUACAGCGGGCAUCAGGGACUUUGCUAAGGGUAAGCCUGAUGAAGUGAAGGGCACAGGGCCCCCUUCAGCCUCCAGAAAAUCAUCCUAACAAGGAGGGAGGCCUCAGCUACUCUGAGAAGUCAGAUUUUGUUUUUUGAAAUCGAUUGGGAUCUAAAGCCUGAAAUAAAUAUUCAUACUUUACAUAGAACUGAGCACUUGAUUGCUAUUUAUUUUGAAAGCAGAGUUGUUUUUUUUUCCCCCAGGGAGUGGGGAGAGUGGGGAUUAGUGUGUGUGUAUGUGUGCGUGUGUGUGGAGUCUUAGUGAUGGGAACAGAGAGUUAAAAAUCACUAUGCCAAUUUUGGUUGAUGCUGCUGGGGGAAAAAGUCAAAACUACUGGUGACCACUGUUCGUAGAGAAAACAUCUGUUAUAUAUUUAACAUGGCCUUUCCCUGAGAGAUACACUCUUACUGCGGAUUUUUUUUUAAGUAGCCAGUUUUAAUUACUCAGUAUUAAUACUAGGUGCAUGUGUUAAGAUUUUGGUUUUCAUUGAGCUGCUUAUACUGAUAGUGGUAACUGUGGAUACGUGAGACAUGAGUGACCGGUUCCCGCUUUCCUCGUUGGAUGUGACCUGGACUUUUCUCUCCUUUCAAUGUAUUUGGGCUGUGGAUUGCCAGCAGAAGUUGUGCAUGGAGCUUUCCCUGAGCUUCUUCUGAUUCUUCUGGCAGAGCCGAGGGAGUUGGCUGCAGACAGUGUCUUGGUGACACUAGAUCUUCCUGCUCUGCAGUUGCUGCAGCCUUGAUUUCCCCGUCUCGAUCAUGUGUUACUUCAAUCAAUACCAAAUUCCAUCAAGCUUCACCAACCAGGGACUUCAGAACUUGGCGGUGAUUUUUGUUUCUUACGGGAGUGGGCCAGUUCCUAGGAGGGCAGUUUUCUUUCAGUGGGGAAUAUUUUGGAGGGAAAAUACAGCAAAGACUGGCUAUAAUCCUGUCAGAUCCCUGCACACUAGUGUCAACUCCUUUUCUUCAGAUCGUGUAGCUCAGAAUGGAAGGGUUGAUGAGGGGUAGGUGGGUCCUAGGACAGAGUAGGUGAUGCUUGCUUGCAUCCUUAGUUCCUCCUUCCUUUCUGAUCUCAGGGUUUUCAUUCAAACUCUCCAAACAUUUGCUAAUCCCCAGCAGCCAUCUCUGGACUAGUCUGGUCUAGUACUAAGUGGGAAUGUUCAACAUGCCAAGGUUCAUACAGGACACCAUUGAGCCUGGUCCCAGAACCUGUCCAAACUCCAUGGGUUACUUGCACCCCUGAAUCAGGUGACUGAAGUCAUAACUCAGAGAAAAGAGCAGCUGACAAACAGUGAGUACAAACUCUUGUAGAAGGAUGUUGGAACUAGGUUUUUAUGCCCCACACUUCCUAAGUGACACGUCAAAUAACUUACAAAUCUUCUGGAGCCCAGAGUCUCUCAUAAUACUCUGAUUACCCCCACACACACCACUCCCAUAGUCCUGUUUACAGCCAGUAGCUUGGUCUCACUCUCUUGGACCCCUUUUAAAACUAAGCCUUUUUCCUUACUGCUAAAGCAUUUGUUUUCCAGGGCAGGCCAGACACCUUGGCAUCGUGGGAGGUGCUUUGCUGCUCAGCCCUGUCGCUAGGCCCUGUUGGCCUCUGUUACACGUUGACUCAGGGAGCCAGAGAGCCAGGUAGAGUUCGUACCUCUCAGCCCUUCGGGGUGUUACUGUUGAGGGCUGGGUUUGCCUCUGAUAAGAGUACAAUCAGUUCCAGAAAGACUGGGGUGUGUUGACUUGCUUAGCAGGUAGACAUUCUGAUAGCUCAGACUUGUAAAACCCAGAUGCUGGUUCCAGAGCUCUGUCCUGAGAACACAUCCUAUGGCAAAAGAAAACUGGAGCAUGUAACCUUUUUCUUUUGGAAGCGGAGCUCUCAGGCUCAGGCCCCAACCUCGUGAGUACAGUUGUGCUGAUUACUUGGUGUAACAUGAACUCAGACACCUGCAUUUUUAGGUUCCUUUUGAUUCUAGUGGAGGUCUCUGGGUGCUCUCCAGGUCUGUGUAUUUUGAGGCUGGGUGGAAAAAGUAUAAUAUGAUUCAGAUUCAGUUGUUGCUUCUGUCUUCCCCACUUUUAUUUCAUAUCAUUCCGGAGUUCCUUUCUAUUAGCCAAACUUUUUGUAGUCUUCUCUGCUUGUCCCUGGUGGUAAUUUGCUUAUUUGCUGUUUCCUUGUUUGGGACAAACAUAGUAAGAGAUUGAAGGGGAAAAUGUGUAGUUCUCCACUGAAAAUUAACUCUCCACCCCUCCCAUACUGAUUUUAAAAAAAGGUUUACAUUUACAAAGAUUCAGAUGCAAUUUUCAACUAUUCUGAAACCAGCAGGACCCACCUGACUUUAAUAGUUUUCUUAGAUGAAAUUGUAGGUGUUUUUCUUCAGUUUAACUUAUGAGAAAAGAUUAUCUGAUGCGUUUUGUGUUUGACUUCCCCUUUAGUGGUUUAUUUUGUCUUUUUCUGCCCAUCUGUCUACUAAUAAAAUGUGAAAUAAAACAUACCUGUACUGCUA